AUGGGCAACGAUCAAAAAAUGGGCGCCUACUACGCCCCCAAGGGUGGUCUACCACCUCAAACACAAAUCCUCACCGACCGAGCUAUGUUUACUGAAUCAUACGCCGUCAUUCCCAAGGGCUGCUUCAGCGAUAUUGUCACCAGUUUCCUGCCCUUCUGGGAGCAGACUCGACUAUGGGUUAUUGCCCGUCCUCUAUCAGGCUUUGCCGAAACCUUCUCCCAGUACAUAAUGGAGGUUUCACCUGGAGGUGGUAGUGAUCGCGCUGAGAUGGACGACACAGCCGAGGGCGUCUUGUUUGUUGUCGAGGGUGAAAUCACUGUAUCUGUGGCCGGUGCGUCACACACUCUCGAUGCUGGUGGCUACGCUUUUCUCCCACCCAAGUGUGGCUGGACCCUCCGCAACAACUCAAGCGAGACCGCCAGCUUCCACUGGGUCCGCAAGGCCUACGAGUAUGUACCCGGCCUAGACGCCCCAGAGGCCUUCUUCGCCAAUGAGAAGGACAUUCAAGCAAGGGAAAUGCCCGACACAAACGGUGCCUGGUCUACUACCCGAUUCGUUGAUCCCACCGACGUGCGACAUGACAUGCACGUCAACAUCGUCACUUUUCAACCAGGCGGUCUCAUCCCCUUUGCAGAGACACACGUUAUGGAGCACGGUCUUUAUGUUCUAGAAGGAAAGGCUGUCUACCGUCUGAACCAGGAUUGGGUCGAGGUGGAAGCUGGAGAUUUCAUGUGGCUGCGUGCCUUUUGUCCACAGGCGUGCUAUGCGGGUGGACCUGGAAAAUUCCGAUACUUGCUCUACAAGGAUGUAAACCGUCACGCAAAGUUUCUGAGAUAG